AUGACUCAAAAAUGGUCGAGAGCUCCUAAAGGAAAAGUUACGAUUCCGGUGCAAUUGAACUAUGAAAAUGCUUUGAACACGAUUGAGGAAGAUGGAGAACAUUUGAAAUUCGUUGUCAUCUCUGAUACCCAUUGUAAAAUGGAAGAGAUUAUGGCUAGAAUCCCAGAUGGAGACGUUCUUAUUCAUUGCGGAGAUUUCACGAAUUCUGGUGGAGAGGCGCCAGUCAAAGAGUUCAAUGAACAACUGCAACGAUUGCCUCAUCGGUGGAAAAUCGUGAUCGCGGGGAAUCAUGAGCGAGGAUUUGAUCCAAGGGACAAGUACAGACCCGAGCUCAUCGAGCUGCUCACCGAGGCCACGUACCUCUUUGAUUCAAGUAUUCAGAUAAAUGGGCUCAAAAUCUACGGCAGUCCUUGGAUCCCAACACCAGAAUACGCAUUCUACCUCUCACCCGACGAGAGGAAAUCGAAAUGGGCACAGAUUCCCGCAGAUGUCGAUAUUUUGAUCACUCAUGGACCUCCUUUAGGAUAUCUUGAUGCACGUGCGAAAGACCAACACUACGGUGAUGAACAGCUGCUGGAAGCUGUUGAACAACGAGACCCAAAAUUCCACGUCUUUGGCCACAUUCACGAAUGCUAUGGGGCAAUGACAAAUGGUCGGACAAUUUUUGUGAACGCAGCUCAAUGCGAUCGAUCAAUGCAAACUGGUCGAUUACCUAUCGUUUUCUACAUAAGAAUACCAGCAUCA